CCAGCGGUACACCUUUAAGAGCAAAAUCCGCAGCCAAAUGAAGAAGACGCACGAUUCUACGAGUUGCUUGCAGCGCUCCAGCUCCCCGACGGAUGUCUUUGUGCACGCCGCUAAGGAUGGAUAUCAUUACCCGAGCUAUGAGGCCAUGCGGUUGGCGAAUAUUGCCCACAACCAGGCUCAUUUGCGCAAGUUGGGAUUGGACGAGUACGCCAAUCGUCAAAAACAGGAACUAAUUCCGACGCCGACCAAUCGUAAGAGUCGGCCAAGCGCUGCGGUGGAAGAGGUUCGCUCGGUGGAGCGAGUCCGUCGGUCCGGACGAGUCCGCAAACAAGCACCAAUCUACGAUGGGCUCGCGGAUGAUCUCAUUGAAUUUUCCCGUCGCCAACAACAGCGAUCGCGGAAACACAAACGAACUAUUCGAAAAGAAACGGCAUCCGUACUAUCCCGCGAGGAACGAGAUAAACUACGGAACUUGCCGGAUUGGACGACAUCAAUGGAACGCUACUUGCUCGAUCACGAAAACUUAAGUCAACAAAACUUCCGGUCCGUGAUGCGGCAAGUCCGACGACUCGCUUCCGGAGAAGGCAUAACGUACACUCGGUGGGAUGAGGGUGUUUACUUUUACGCAAAUAGACGGGUGGACUUGAGCGGUGAUUUCGAAGCUUUGUACGAGGAGGCUGUUGUGUUUGAGAACGAGCAUGGACAAGACCUUGGCAAUGGAUGGUUGCUACGACAUCCCAUCAAGAAAAUUGGCAACUUUCAACGAUUCCACUUUGCGGCACGGCACGAAGAAGGCGACAAUUGA